ACAGAGCAGCAUCAGAGUUAUCGACAGCGUCGAUACGCGCGAGACGGCGGCAGAAGUCGCUUUGACAGCAGCAGCUCCAAGCCCCAAUGCGAUUUUGACCGUCCCGAGCUGCUUGCCGGGCUUACUGGAGCCGCAGCCCGCCAUGGACUACAACUACUACGACGAAGGAGAAGACAUCGACUACAUAGAGUUUGGCGAGGACUCUGGCGGCGAUAUAGACUACGGAUUCCAUUCUGGUCACAACCAAGGCAACUUCUACAGCGAUGCAGCGGCGGAAGAGAAGGAAUUUGCUGUGAUGGAUCGGCUGGUGCAGAACCUAGAGGCAUGCGUGCAGCCUUCGCUGCUGCAAGUAGCAAAGUACGUGACACCCAUGCUGGGCCUGUGCCUGAUCGGGCGCUUGCUCUGCCUCCUGUAUGCCAUGAAGCGCCGCUUGCCGCCAGCCGGAGUGUCGUUACGCGAUGCAAACAGUAUCGUCGUAGCUCCCUUGCACCUGAUACACGCCACCACUGGCCUGAUCCUGCUCUACGCCACGCUUGGCCAGCGCAUGGGGGAGCGCGUUGGUCUGCUGCUCAUCCUGAGCACCCUGGGCUACCUCAUGCUGCAGCUGGUGCGUGUGUACAGUGGGAAGAGAGCCGCCACCAGCAUAGCCGUGCUCACCAUUGGCAGCCAGUUCCUGUACGAGCUUGCCAUAUGGAGACAGCGCAGCGACUGGCCCCAGCUAAGGGGCGUCCAGAUGGUGGUCAACAUGAAGCUGAUAUCGCUGGGCUUCGACCUAGCCAGCGGACAGGUGCCUCGGAUGCCGGGGCCACUGGCCUACCUUGGAUACAUGUACAGCCCCGCGACCUGUGCCCUCGGGCCCUGGAUCAGCUAUGGCCGCUACGUGGAGUGCCUCGUCGCACGCGGCAAGUGGCUGGUGACGCUGCGCCAGCUGGUGCUCAACAUGCUGCUCUGCCUGCUGGCGGUGGCCGUGUCCAACUGCCUGGCCCACGCCCUGGGUGAGCUGGCCAGCGACUCGCACUUCCUCCUUAUGUACACGGAAGCACUGGGUGUCCGGAGCAGCCACUACUUCGUGAGCUUCAUGGCCCAAGCUCUACUGGUCAGCUCGGGCCAGACCCUGGACGGAGAAUCCAAGGAGCUAGACGAGGGGCUACUGGGCCCGCUGGUGACGCGGCCCUGGCAGAUCGAGUGGCCCCGCUCGUUGAGCGUCCUCGUUCGCAGCUGGAACAUCCCCAUGCACGAGUGGCUCAAGCACUACAUCUACGGAGGCUUCAAGGAGCACAACCUGGGCCACACGUUCUGGGCCGUCCUCUGCACGUAUGUGGUGUCCAGUCUGCUGCACGGCAUGGAUCUGCGCAUCUACUUGGUGCUGCUCUUCCUGGCCAUCUUCGCUGAGAGCGAGCGGCUGCUGCGCCGGCACCUGGCCAGCCUCCUCGAUGCCUGUCUUGCAGCCGGUCAGUGCAAGGGCCCCGACAGCUGUCGCUCCUCCCGCUGCCCCCGACGUCUUGGCUGGACCAGCGCAUGGGGCUGGCUGGUGAGGCUCACCAAUCUGAUCUUCACGCUGGUCGCCAUAUUCCACCUGGCCUACCUGGGCAUAGUGCUGCUCAACGAGACGCUCAACCUGGACGGCAGCCCCGUCGGCGAGGCGGAGUCCUUCGUGUGGCACUGGUCGGAGGCGGGCUACCUCAGCCACUACAUCGGCUUUGGCAUGUUCCUCCUAUAUCUGUUCAUCUCCUAGGCGGCGGGGCCAGAGCCCCCCGAAAACCCAGCAACGAUUAAGGACUGAUCUACACUUAUUUUGAAUUCUGAAUUCGCCAUUCAAAUCUAACUGUACUUUUGUAUGUAUAACUGUAUAUCGUAUUCGUAUGUAACUUUGUAGCUGUGUGCGUGCUUGCGUGUGUGUGUGUAUAUUGUUUAUGG